UUAUCAGUACUGUAUAAUGAAAAGAUCACUUCCCUUUUUUAAAGUCUUAUUUUAUAAGACAAGCGGAAGUGAGCCAUGAGUGUCGCUUGACGGUCGGAGUGGGGCUCGACGGAUUGCGUUUCUCCUCGCGCUCCCUUAUUGUUUUUCCCCUCAAUUUUACACCCGACAUCUUCAUCCGCCAUCACGGACCGCAUCGGGCCUGGGUCGUGAAGAAGAGGGAAGAGGAGGAGGAGGAGGAGAAGAUGCCUCAUGGGUCAUUCCAUCACGUCGUAAGAGGAGAGCCAUGCCCAGGUUCGGCGUCAGGUGGCUGGUCGCCGCCGCGCUGAUGCUGCUGCUCGGCGGGGCCUUCUUCUUCUGCGAGUAUCUCAUCUACUACCCCGCCAUUCUCAAGUGCGCCUGGCCCCGCGUGGAGCAUGCGCGCGGAGGCAUCGACGGCCGGCCGGCGGACUCGCCGCCGGUCCGCGCCAUGGUGUUGUCAGACACGCACCUCCUGGGGGCCGUCGGCGGCCACUGGUUCGACAAACUUAGGAGGGAAUGGCAGAUGGAGCGCGCGUUCCAGACCGCCCUGUGGCUUCUCAGGCCCGAGGUGGUCUUCAUCCUGGGGGACAUUUUCGACGAGGGCAAGUGGAGCUCGAAGAAUCAUUGGGAUGACGACGUGCGGCGCUUCCACAGGAUGUUCCGGCACUCCGAGGACACCGAACUGGUGGUCUUGGUCGGAAAUCACGACAUUGGCUUCCAUUAUGAGAUGGACUGGUUCAAGCUGCAGCGCUUCGAGAAGGUUUUCAACGCCUCCUCCACCAGGAUGGUCACCAAAAACGGAGUCAACUUCUUGUUGGUAAACAGCGUGGCGCUGCACGGUGACGGCUGCCCCAUCUGCCAAUCGGUAGAGAAGGACCUCAUCAGACUCUCCAAGGACCUUAACUGUUCUCUGCAGAGCUCAGAGGAGGGCUGCAAGGGCACGCAGGUGUAUCCUCCCACACGCCCCAUUAUGUUACAGCACUACCCGCUGUACAGAGUGAGCGAUGCAGGCUGCACUGGCUCUGACGCAGCGCCGCCCGGUGAGCGCCACCUUCUGUUCAGGGAGAAGUACGACGUACUGUCCAAGGAGGCGUCCCAGAGGCUGCUGAAUUGGUUCAAGCCCCGCCUCAUCCUGAGUGGCCACACCCACAGCGGCUGCGAGGUCCUCCACGACAACAAGUACCCAGAAGUCAGCGUGCCGUCUUUCAGCUGGAGGAACCGCAACAAUCCCAGUUUCAUCUUGGCAUCCGUGUCAUCGGGCAGUUACGCGCUGUCCAAGUGUUUCUUACCAGAGGAGAGCACCGUCAUCGGUGUGUACACCUCAACCGGCGCCUGUCUGUUGCUGCUCGUCUUGGUGCAUUGCUUGUGGGUGAAGGGCCUGUUCCAGUGCCUCAGCCUUUGCCUGCUGGGGAAGCACAAGUCUCUGUGAAAACUACAUUACCCAGUAUCCCCCACGUACAGAAUCCGGAAGUACCGACGCGCCUCAGUUUGGGAUAGAUUUUGACCGAGCAAAAAACAAACAAA